UUAAUAUUUAAAUGUUAUUUUCCAGGCGGAAGAUCCAACUUCUGUUUUAACUAGUUUCAGCCAGUUUGUACAAGUUACAGUUAACGAGGAGGAGCAUGCUGUCCAUAAACUGUUAGGCAAACAAUUUCAGGAGCAGUUGGAGUUGUUACGCAGUAUGGUGUCAGAAUAUUUCUAUGAUGACAAAAUACAACAGUGGCUGACUGCGGACGGUUUUAGGUCAAUAUUUGCUUUGCUGGGAACCAAUCAACAAGGGAUUGGCUCCAGCUCAAUCAGUGUAUGGUGUAAGAACUGUGAUGAUUUAGAGAUAGGAGAAGACGAGAAAGAUACACUUGACAAGUUUAUAGAUCAGCUGUAUGAUGACCUAGAGAGAGUGUCGGACACAUUUUUGAACUGUGAAGGGGCUGGUUUAUACAAAUUACAAAGUGCAUGUAAUCACAGUUGUUCGCCUAAUGCAGAGAUAGAAUUUAACAAACAUAACCACACCUUGUCAUUGGUGGCAUUAGAAGAUAUAGAUGCAGAACAGGAGAUAUGUAUAAGUUACCUAGAUGGCUGUGCCAAGGAGCGGAGUAGACAUAGCAGACAGAAAAUAUUGAGAGAAAAUUACCUGUUUACCUGUGCAUGUCCAAAAUGUCUGUCACAAGCUGAUGAUGAAGAUGUCACGUCUGAAGACGAUGAUGAUGAUGACGACGAUGAAAUGGAAAAUGAUUGAAAGUUGACUUGUCUUUCUUGUUAUAUAAGAAAUUUUAAUACCUUGAUAAACAUGUGAUAUAUAUGUAUAUGUUGAUAUACGUGUGAUAUAUUUCAAUAUUCUAGCUUUUUUUGUGAAUGUUUAGUGAAUGUAAUGUGUUUGCAUUUAAAGCAUGUCUUUUCUGUCUUGAUGGAAGUGUUACCAUGUACUUUAAUGACAUACAUGAUACUAAGAUCCCUAUACUUGAGGUCAAAGGCUAACUUCAGGUCUAAAGUUUUAAGUUUUAAUCUGACCGGAAGUGUUAAAACAGGUGUUUGCUAUUACCUUAAUGAUGUAUGAUCACUAAAUUAUUUAACCUUUUGUCUGCUGCCAGUGGCUGAAUCUAACCCAUGUGACCAGUGCCGUCCAAGGUCAGCCCACACAUCAUUUUAAAGUGAUCAAAGUCUGUAACUGAUUGCUUUUCAGUCGGUACUUAUUUUGUAACUUUCCCUUAAAGUAAUAAAAGUUUUUGUUCAGAUUGAAAAAUAGGCAAUUUUAUUGAAGGUUUUAGUAACGGUUGAAUAAUAUACCAUGACCGGCUUUAAAAAAAGAAACAUGGUUAAAGAAAACAACAUGUGAAGACUAUGUAAAGGAAAUGUACAAAAUCUUCAAAUUUCUGCUAC